CUCUCCCAACUCUCUUGCUACCUUACCCUUGACCUUCACCCUCGCGUCUUUCAUCCUGCCAUUCACUUCCCUCCUCGUGCUGCCCUUUGCGCUGCAGCCAUCGGCCUAGACCCCUCUUUCUCGAGUCGACAGCACGUUCUCCGCCCGUUCCCGACGCUUGCCUCCCCCCUCUCCUCCGCAUCACGUCUCAGUGUCUUCGUGCUCGUCUCGACCUACAACCGAUCGAUUUUCUUGGUCUUGCCCUUGAGCAAGGAACUACUACGACUGCCACCACUCUCUGUUCAGUCAGAACCUCGCGUGAAAUAAUGCCGAACCAUCAUCUCGACUCCUGAUACCCAUCGCCUUCCCUUCGUCUCCGUGCAUUCCUCCGUCCGUCCCCUCCUUUCGCUGGUCGUUGCGUGGGACUGUCUUUAAUUACAUCGUCUUGUAGGCGAACCUGGGUUGCGUCGCGCAGAAUAAAGCAGAAUAAAGCCUCGAGGCAGAGACUCGCAUCCCAGUGCUUGUGCUCGGAUCACGGCUUUGCGCCCGACGGCUAGAUCAGGUUCGACCUGCCGGUGGAUUGUUGGAACGGAGAAUUUUGACCUGCGUCGCCUCCAUUCCUCCUCCUUCGCGCUCUCGCUUCCCGUCCCCAGAGCCCCUUGCCUCGCCGCGUUUUUAUCGACGGUCCUAGCAUUGGCGUUUCGUCACUGGGUUGAAUCCAACCGAAGGUUGUCGCCGACAGGAUUACCUGCGUUCAUACAUCGCUUUAUUUCUAUCUGCCAUCCUUUCAAAUAUACAAUCACUCCUGUACUAUCUUCUCGGUGAUACUGUGAGACCCUUUACUCCUUCAUGGUUAGGGCGACGUGUUCAUGUGUCAUGUCCGUCAAUCCUCUCUCCGCCCAAACCUCUGCUUCGCCGCUCAGUCGGAAUCGGUCCUCUCUUCUGUCCAAAUUCCGGACGCAGCUCGGUCAGCGCAAUCGCGCUAUAACUGAUUUCUAUAUUGAGCCCGAUGACCCUUGGCGUUCCUAUUUUCCCGGCGAUGUUAUAAAAGGGACGGUGUCUCUCACGGUCGUUCGGCCUGUUCGCAUAACACAUUUGGUUAUCUCUUUGCACGGCAUUGUCAAAGUCUUCAAGAACAAUGUUCCAGCUGGUGAAACUCCCCCGGAUGUGGGGUCCUUGGGUCCUGGGCGCGGGCGCCGAGGCGCUGAGUAUUUGGGUAACGGCGUCGCAACAUUGUUUGAAGAUGAGGUGGUACUUUGUGGGGAAGGUCGUCUCAAGGAAGGGAUUUACAAGUUUCGUUUUGAGAUGUCCUUUCCACCAUACCCAUUACCUAGCAGCAUCAGCUUCGAGAGGGGCACCAUUUCUUACAUGCUUACGUCCACCUUGACCAAACCUACAACUAUGAACCCGACAUUAUCAUGCCGAAGACGCAUAAACUUACUGGAAAACAUUGAUAUUGCGGCCUUUCCGGCGCCCAAGCCUCGAGUGGUAACUCUUGAACCUAUUUCCAAGCGCUCGAAGCCGAAAGGAAAGACCAAGGCGGCAGGAUUCGAUGCUCCUGACACGGCCUCAUUAGAGCCAUCGGCAAGUGGAGGAAUCACUGUCCCAGAGCAUCGCCCUCCGCUCAGUCCGGCACCUAGCAAUGUUAGCUCGUCUAGUCGCCUCAGCAACAGCAGCCAGAGUUUUCAGAUCGUGACGGAUCCAGGGUCGACCGCUAGUAGCGGUGUUCGCAAUAGCGAAGCCCGGAGCAACACGCCUUCUGUGACCGAUGGAAUAAUCACCGCCAAGGCUGAAGUUCUGCGCGCUGGCGUGCUACCCGGUGACACAUUGCCCAUAAAGAUAACCAUUAACCACACAAAACAAGUGCGCAGCGCGCAUGGGAUCAUCAUAACUCUCUAUCGAUCCGGCCGUAUCGACCUUCACCCUGCUAUCCCGAUGGGAUCUACCGCGAAUGGAAAGAAGCCAAUCUACGAAGACUAUUAUCCCCGUUCUAGAACUGGCCUGGGGGGUCUUACCCUUGGUACUUCCCGUGCCAGCAGCGUAUUUCGGAAAGAUCUGUCACAGACCUUUGCGCCUCUCAUUGUGGAUCCGACGACUUUGACAGCUGAUAUCAAGACUUCAAUCCGCAUACCUGAAGAUGCUUUCCCGACAAUUACCCGCACACCAGGUAGCAUGAUCAACUUCCGUUAUUAUGUUGAAGUGGUUGUCGAUCUGCGCGGCAAGCUGACUUCUCCGGAGCGUUUUCUUCCGCGGUUUAACCUAGUUUCUUCAGGGCGCAACUUCUCCUCAAAUGGGAAGAUUGUGCACCCUGCCGAUACGAAUGGAAGCGCGAUCACAGCCAACUGGGGUGACAACAUUCUAGACACGGAUCAAAUACGUCGUGAAAAGGGAGUUGUUGCUGUGAUUUUCGAGGUGGUCAUUGGGACCCAAGAUACACAGAGGCGCAAGAGUGAAGCCCGGCGCAUGUCAUCUACGGCGGAGGAAGCAGAGUUCCAGCAGCCCGUAGAAAACUCCGUUGAUGGAGAUUACGCUGGCCACGACUACCAGGGCAGCAUGGCGGGCCCAGAGCCCGGCUAUGCUCCGCUAGAGAACACUGCAUAUGGACCUGAUCAAAUUCGUUGGCCAGAUUAUCCAGAGCAGUCGGAGCAUGAGCAUUAUCCUUUCCAGCCGGGGACGCUUCCCAGUCCUCAGCCGGAUGAGCCUAUGGACGAAAAGGCACGAUUACGGCGUGCUGAACAGACGCUCUUGCCUAGUCAACCUCCGUGCGACCCGGAGGCCGGGCCCUCAUCAGCGGUGGAAGCUGCAAUGCCUACCGCUCCUGUGCUCCCUGAAGAUGACCACUUGAACGAUUAUCACCACCUUCCGUCAACAACUGUGAAUGGUAUGACUGGAAUGGCGCCAGCACUCAUGUCAGCGGAGUCUGUGCAAACAGUCAUUGCAGGAAGCAGUUCCGCACCUCUCACUAGUCCCUCAAGACCCAGUGAAGAGGAUAAACAGGAGUUGGAGCGCCAGCGGUUAAUGAUGGAAGCCAGUGCGCCAGGUGACCCGGAUGCACGUCAUAACGACCGCGCGGAUGAUGGGCCUAGUGCGCCCAUUUUCCAUGACGAUGACGAUGAUCAGCAGCUAGUUGGAGGGGCUGCAAAUGGGGACGAGCUAUUACCGCGGUAUCAACGUUGAUAUCGCGAUUAACCUCUCUCAUCUCGAAUUGAUUUGCUAUGCAUUGCGAUUGGAUUCAGCGGAGAUACCACAUUUGUUAUACUUAGUCAAUUCUUAUACCACAUUGAGCUUGUACAAGCCAUCUAUGUAUUAUCUACUGGCAUAUCAUUGAUUUC